GGAUAGGUUCAUCGGGUUCAUGUAGUAUUGGACGCCUCCUCCCAUUUCAGGUUGGUUGUUUCCCUAGCUCCCUUAGUAAAAGGGGAGGUAUAAGGCAAAUACUUGACAGAAAAUGGAAUGUAGGUCUGCACUGGAAAUAGCUAAAUAGGAGAACUUGACCUUUUAUCGGGACACAGAAAGUCGACCAGCUGAUGAUUCCAAACUAGCUGCCAUUUUCAGGUCAUUCGAGGCAUCUCGCUAAAUUGUUUGUUGCUCCAGAUAUUUGUAUGAGUAAGCCUGCUUUAUUCGCCUGUUAAUUUCCCUUUGUAAUGGACAAAACGCGUUGUCCUGUGCUGUCUAGUGGUGGAAUAUAAAUCAUGAUGGCUGAUGGAUGUUGCAAAGGAAUGGAAAGAGGCAGGGGUAAGAUUGCAUCAGACUCUUUACCAAGACAUGCAUUUCCUCAGCAAUAUGUUCAGACCUGGUCACAGCAGCAAGGAAAUGACAUCCAAGAAUUAGCUUCCAAACGCGUCGACAUCCAGAAGAAACGCUUUUAUCUGGAUGUCAAGCAGAGUGUACGCGGCCGUUUCCUUAAAAUAGCCGAGGUGUGGAUAGGAAGGGGCCGUCAUGAUAACAUCAGAAAGAGCAAGCUGACACUGUCUAUGUCGAUGGCUCCCGCUCUACGCUACUGUCUGGGAGACUUUAUAGAUUAUUACGCCCGCAUUGGACUGCGGGGGGGACUGGCGCCUCCGCAGGUCGAGGACCACAGUAACAAUGGCCAGGGCCGCGGGAACGACUCCCGUAAGAGAGCGCAGGAGCAUCACGCGAACCUGUCCCCCACCGGUUCUGUUGUGUCCGAUGACCAUGCACAUCGUGUUCUCAAGAGCGAAUUUAUUGAGCGAGACAACAGAAAGUACUUUCUGGACCUGAAGGAGAACCAGAGAGGCAGAUUCCUCCGCAUACGGCAGACUGUCAGCAAAGGACACGGCACAAUGGGCUACUACGGCCAGGGCAUCGAGCAGACCAUAGUGUUACCCGCACAGGGACUGAUUGAGUUCAGAGACGCUCUGUCACAGCUGAUUGAAGACUACGGGGACGAAGAGAGCGAAGACCGCAGCCGAGCAGGCUCCAGGAAUCGCAACGACAACCCCGAGCUUCCAGAGGCUGCGUCUUUUCGAGUGGACAACAAAAGGUUUUACUUUGAUGUGGGUUCAAACCGGUAUGGUAUCUUUUUAAAAAUCAGCGAAGUGCGACAGCCGUAUAGAAACACCAUCACAGUUCCCCUAAAAGCCUGGGCUAGAUUCGGAGAGAAUUUCAUCAGGUACGAGGAGGAGAUGCGACGAAUCUUUUCUUGUCACAAAGAUAAAAGGACAGAUGGCCAGCAAGACAGUGAGGAACAGGAGGACUGACCUUCAUGGUGCUUUUAGCAUGUAGCCUAAUUUAGGGUUUCAGUUUUGUCCAGAUGUGACAAUAAUAUGAUGUACUGUAUGUGUCCCUACCAUACUACUCAGAUACGAUGUACUUCAUUAACUUUUCAGUUUAUUUGCCAAGGGCUGAUAAACUCAAAAUUUUUAACAUGCCAAGAAGUCAGUCAUCAUUUUCUCAUUGCCGAUUAUUGUGUUGUAGCCAGUUAGUCAGGGCCAUCCCAGGGUCCUGAGCCAGCUGCAUCCCUGCGCUCCCCCAUACCAUACUCAUACCUCCCUGUUAAAUUCAAGAGUGCAGUGUUCAUUUGCUUAAACUUUAAUUCUAAGUUACAUAGAAAGUUGACGCUAAUAAUAUCUGUUAAUAUUUUACCCCCAAAGCAAUAUGGUUAACAAUUUUAUGGCACACUAAUGUGCAGAAAUUUUGUCAGUUUAAAUAAACAGAGUUAAUUUGUUAAGUAUAGUGUGUUUUGUGAUAGGUACAAUUUAAGAAAUGAUAUAGAAAGAAAAAAAUCGGACCUUUUUAUUAAUGAAGAAAAUACCUCAUAUAUUGGAACUUACUGUAAGUGCAAUACACACAAGCAGCAUUAUAGAACACUUGCAACCCAACUGGACAAGUGGAGAAGAAAUUAAAUUACAGGAAUCAGAAUUGGAAAUGGGAAACGAGUGUUGUACAGAUUAAUGCUGCCAGUUAAGACUUGGUGGGAGGGGAGAAAAAUAAGACACAUAUUGUGACAUUAAUCACAUACUGUUGGUGUGUGCUGCCUUUUCACUGGUCCAGCCGGAAGGUUUUCAUUCAUGUUAACAGUUCCAGUUUAUGUUGCCUCAUAUGAGACACAAAACAUUGCUUUAAAUGUCCAUGAUAAUGCUGGCAAAAAUGAAUUUAGUGACAGCUUUUCCUGCAGUGCAAUACUUUAGGCCAAUCAAUCUGUGCAAAUGACCAGACUAGAGCAUCCUGAAAUGUAUAAAAUGUGCUGCUUACCUCGGCAGCAUAACGAUGGGGGGAGACAUGUGCUGUAGAAGCCUGCUUUAAAUUACAAGGACACAAAGCACUACAUGAUGUUCUGGUUUUUGAUAAGACUCUACCCUGCAGUUGUACUGUGUGUUGCAUUCACAAAAAUGGGGGAGGUAAAAUGAAUUAAAAAAACUUUAUAGGUACUGCAAUCCAAGUUCAGUAAUUCUAUCCAACACAAGCACUUAAACCUUAUUUAGACUUCUGCGUGAAAUCUGUGUUGCAACACUUGAAAAAGAAUGGGCUUGUAGAAUUUGCUGAAAGACUAGAUCACUUGAUGACUUGAUAUAAUUACCUUAAAAAUGGUUAAUAAAACUAGAAAACAACUAUAUAUGUAGCGGUCCAUUCAGGAACCCUAAAAUACAGCCCAACAGAAGAAUAAAAAACUGACUGCUAUCUGGAAAGACACACAGAUCUAAUGUCACAUUUCUAGAGAGUAACUGUGUUAUUGGAGUUACAUUAUUUAUUUUAUGUGAUACUAAUAUCCUAAUACUUAAAUUUACAUAACAUAUUGACAGAAGGAAAGGUAUUUUACAUGUGUUCUGCUGAACACACAACAUUGUAAUAUGCUAUCUUUAGUGGCUGCACCCUCUGUCGUUCAGUGUCUUUACUACAUUUGACAGAGCCUAAACGUAGACCUGAAAAAAGAUGCACCAUGUUGCAUGACUGCUUGGAGUGUGGCUGCUCUUCCUAUUAUUCACAUGAAUUUGAAACAUAUAGCGGAUGGUACACUGAUGGUAGAAAAGUUCUAAAAUAAUAGAGAGAAGAGGUCUAUGCACUUUGACCUAGACAAACAAGCCUCCGUUUUUUGUUUUGUUUUUUGUUUUUAAUCUUUUGGCUUUCACUCAUUACAGCCAAGUUCUACAAGUUCUAAACAUUUUGCCAAAGAGAAUGCUUUUUUUCAUAAUUUAUUUUUGGCAUGAGGAGGAAUAAUUAAACAUCAAAGUUUAUACUUUAAGUACCUUCCUGCCUAUUCUGUAAUAUUGUGUGGUGCUAUGAAAAUGGUUUCACACAUUGUCUUUUGAGGAUGUUGAUACCCAGUUUUCACUAUUACAGCUCAGGUCCGUUUUUUUUUUUUUGUUUUUUUUU